GUCCACAAACAAAUUUAUACACUGACAACGCUAGGCUUUGACGGGAUGGUCAUAUCGACUACAAAGCUACCCAUGAUCCGCAUCGCUUGUAUUGGGUUCAGUGGCCACAGUGCACGCCUAUUCCCCCCGUGUCACCACACGUCACAAUCACAAUGCUCCCUAGGACUAUUGACCUUAUUCUCCCUCUUCUUCUUCUGACAUCCAAAGUGCAAGCCUUUAGUACAUUCCACACAAAUUGCACGCUUCCGCCCCAACAGACCAGUUUCGUGUCAGCCCCAAACACCCGUGGCACCUUGCAAAUCCUUUGGUCGUCCCUAUUCACCAUUCUCGCCUGCACUUGGACAGUGCUUCAUCUCAACGUCCCUGAGUAUGCACCGAAACCGGAAAUAAAGGACUUCAAAAAAUGGCUCAAAUGGAUGGUGGACAAAUAUCAACAUCCGACGAAGUGGUUUCUCCUUACUGUGCUUGCACCCGAAAUUCCUUUCGCCAAAUACUGGGAUGAUCAGGUCCGGGGGCAUUCUCUGUUUUACCACUAUGAAGCAGUUUUCAGGAAGAAGAACUGGACGAGGACUCAUGUUCUCUUCGCUAAUAUGGGAGGGUUUGCGCUGCGGUGCACUGCCGAUUCCGAGGAGGGUGGACCCGUUUCGGAGAACGAGAAAUCGACUACGGAAGAUCAAGACGACCACCAGACCAGUACGAGCCCCCUUGUAGAAGAUGAUAUCUCUCCGAUGGGGGGGCCGAGCACGUUGAAACCAAUAGCUUCGGCGUCCUGCUGCGAGAAGCCAGAAAAGCAAAUACAAUCUACACUCAUCGGGGAUCCCGCGAAAAAGUUCGAAGAAGUCUUCUAUCUGACAGCCGUCGAAGCCUUAAAACUUCUUUGCAAAAAAGAAAAAUCUAUACCAGGGCUAGACAAUGUAUCGGAGGAGGAAAUCAAUGCUCGUUCGAAAUCGGAUAUGUUCAUGCGGCUCCUUGCCGUGGGUCAAAUUGUCUGGGUAGUUAUUCAAAUCUUAUCACGGUGGGCCUAUGGCCUGGCCGUGACCCAGCUGGAGGUUACCGUUGUUGCUUUUGCGUUCUGUGCGGUGGGAAUGUACAUCGUUAACCAUGGGAAGCCUAAAGGAGUUGAGCUGCCGAUUCUCUUCGAAUAUCGUGGGUCCAAGGAAGCGCUGCUAAGAGAACUUCAGGAUUCCAUUUUCCCUGAGCCUGAAGACAAACACAGCAAGUGGAAGUUUUACAAAUGCAAGUAUUGCACUGAAGAGAAGAUCCAAAGCCACGGCGGUACCAGCAAAGCCAACAAAAAAAGCAGCGACGGAAAUGACAAGAACCAUGAACCCGCAAACAAUAACGAAUCAACCGAUGCUAAAUCGGAGACCAUGUCUAGAAGGGACCCUGAGACGAACGCAGAUGUCGAAGAAAGUGAGGUAGUGCCCAAAGUGGCUACAAUGACGAUGAUAUGGACAAGUUCAUUGGAUACAUUCACAGCAAUUGUACAAGGGGUACGAGCAACGCUCGAAUCUAGCCGGGAUUCGGGUGAUCCAAUUGGCAAUGGAUUCAUUGACGAAUCAGAAGACCCGAGCAAGUUGAGCAAUAUCUUCACUGACUUGUGGAUGUUCAUCGGCAGUAUGAUCUUUGGGGGCAUCCAUCUCAUAGCCUGGGAUUUUCAAUUCCCCACCACAGUGGAGCAAUAUCUCUGGUGGGCGGCGUCAUUGUGGUGUACUGCUUGCGUACUGAUCAGCACAUGGCUUUACUUUGUGCUCCUCAUAAUAUCUAGAACAAUGGAGGUCGUAAAUGAAGCGACCAAGCAUGACAACUCUUCGACCCCCGAGGAUGCCAAGCCCGACGACCCAGCCGGACAGGCCCCAACGGACUCGAGCACCAGCCCCGACCAAAUCCAAGCAAACCCUAACACAGAGCUUGAUACCGGAACCAGUACAAGUCCAAAGAAAAUCCCUACUUGGGAGGACGACAAGUCAGCGCCCCCACCCGAGGAUCCACAGAGAGAUAUAGAAUCGCAGGAUUCACCGCCACGGCGCUGGGAGACGAUCAAGACACCUGCGGAGAUAGCACUAGCUGUUCUUGGUUUGUCCUAUAUUCUUCUAGCGUUUGUUCUCUUUGUAUUGCUUAUAAUCUUGGGGGUUGUUGGUAUGCUUGCAUACAUUGUGGCAAGAUUGUUCAUUGUUGUUGAGAUGUUCAGGACAUUGGCCUUUCUUCCGCCGGACGCUUAUAUUGCUACUUGGUCAUCGGAAAUUCCUAAUAUUGGUUGACCACAUUAUUACAUAUUUCGUUAGACUUAUUUAAUUGAUCAG